AUGACGGAAAACGAAAGACCAGUUUCUGCCGAAUCCGCGAGUUUAGUUUUAGCCAAUUCCUUGAAUGGGCGAAUAGAAAGAAAAUUUGAAGUGAAGCCGCCGUGGGAGAGGAACAGCGGAAGAGAAGACAAUAACCAUGCUGCUGCUCAUAACUUAUUGUAUUCCGACAAAAUAUACGGUAGACACUCGAUCGAAACUAAUACCGCAAAUCAUUAUUUUGAAGCUUCCAAGCAAAAUCAAAUAGCGUUUCUGAAGGGGAAGUCUUCAGCUUUACCGGAUAAAUGUAGUUCUGAAAAAGAAUCUAGAGGAACAAUAUUCAGGAACAAAGUGAAUCCCCUUUUAAAUAAUGAAAACGAUAAGAGGGUACCACGCCCAUUUCAGCUUUAUUUACAUCCUAGAAAUCCUCCCACCUUGCACAGCGUAAAACUCAUUUCUUUGCAAACGUGUAGUGAUCAUGAUCUUGCUUUUAACAACAAUACUUCUCCCGAUUCUACGACCGCCCUGAAAACGGAAAGCCUCACCAGUAUUGGCCGUCCUUCAACGCUUAUAGAAGAUCCAAAUGCUAUUAUUGUGCGCGAUCUAUUCUCGAGAUUUUCAGUAGAGAAUAGGUCUUCGGCGGAUUUGCAGGAGAUAAACGCGUCCUUAAAAGUGGAGAAUGAGAUUUUUACCAGCGGCGAUUCUAUAGAGACGUCGGGACCCUCCAUUUUUUCACAUUUAAAUGAAUGUUGUCAAGCCGAAAUGCUGACGUCCCCGAGCUUUCCCUCCGUAUCGGUGGAAAGGAAAAAGCUUCAGGCGUUAUUUCGCGGCGCGGAUGAGAGGGUAAAAGAUAAAAUCGAAUUUGCCAUCAACCGUCAAAGAUCACUUCACCUGGCUACCUCGGGAGAUCACUUAAUGUUGUCUGCCAAAGGAAAUAUCGAUCCUAAUAGGAAAAGCAGAGGCUGCUACCUCCCAUCGCCAAUUUUCCCUUUAUUAAAACCCCUCAAAACUUCUCAAGUAGCUUCAUUGGUGAAAGACAAAAACCUGGAAAAGAAAUUCAUUUAUCAGGCUAUGAAAGAGAAGGAAAAGCUCUUUGAAAAAUCAUGUGAAAUGCUACGUCUUCAAAGUCUCCUUAAUGCGCUUAUUCUCGAGGAAAGAAACAAACGUAUUGAGUUAUUAGGCAGUUUUAUCUCUUGCCAACAUCCUCUACUUUGUGCUUGCGGAACGAAAGUGCUUUUAGAAGUAGAGUGCCCCGCAGUAGGAGUAUCCAAUCAGGUGGAAAUUCCAGUAAUUUGUUCCUUUAUAUCAACGGUGCUUGAGGAGCACGUUGUGCUUCAGGAAUCCCUUCUCAAAGAGCGACAAAGCGAGCUGUGUUGUUUGAAGGGGAUCUUUGAAAUGUACUCUUUCGUCUACUUUGCUUAUCAGCGUACGAUGGAAAAUGAGAGGGAGUGUUGGAAACAUCUUAUGGAUUUUCAUCGAUUUUGUAUGCGCAUCGCUUCUUUACAGAAUAAUAUCUCCACUUCAUCUGAAAAACUAACCACAGAGAACGCACAAACAAUUGCUCACAAUAACUAUGAUUAUUAUCAUAGUCCCUCAGUUCAUAAACGAGAUUCUAUUUUUUUUUCGUACCGUAAAUUUAUCAAAUUUACAAUCUUCCUUGGAGGUGUGGAAAAGCAUGAGGAGAUCGAACGGAAGAAGAUGGAAUAUGAGGAGGAUAUAAUGAUAAAAGAACUUAUUGGAAAUAUUUAUUUUUCAUUGGGAAAAGCAAUGAUAGAGGGCAUGCACAAUACUAUGUUUGGCCAGAUGCGAGAAAAAGAGGACGAGGAAUUUGCCUGUUUGCUUGAAAAUUUCCUUCAGAAAAGGGGGCAGAUCGAGGCUAAAGAAACCGCACAACGAGAAAAGAAACUUCUUAUAAAGAAAAUUACUGAAGAGCUAGAGCGAUUGUCUGAAUUAGCGAAGGAGGCCAAAGUAGAUUGUGUAGCUUGUUAUGAAAAGGGGUUCAAAGAUAUCUACCUUAAGGCGGUAAAGGAAAGAAGUAUGUUGGAGCUAAACGAGCAUCAGCGUCUUUCAGCUGAGGAUAACAUCGCGCUGGCGAAUCAAUGGCUUCUAGAAAACGUUAUUGCCGAGCAGGAGAAUUCUAAUAAUUAUCAACGGAACCUUUUGAUAACGGCUGAAUUGUACGAGCGUGAUUUAAUUGUUGCCUUGAAAGCAGAAGUUUGCGAAUUUUAUCAAAUGCGAGACAUCUAUCUACGGCAAGAGGAGGUUGAGAGGUUAAUUUUAAAUAUUUUUGUAAAAGAAUAUGUAGAGAGGCAGCAAAUGAUUUCAAACUUUUGGAAAGAGCAUCAAGUCCUGUUUGUGGAGCGCCUUGUACCGUUUUGCAUGCCACACUUUGGCCCAACGCCAUUGGGUGAUGCCGUUAAGGCUUCCAACCUCAACUAUUGUGAAGGUGAGAUGACUUCAGUAAACCCUGCGUGUAGUGAUAAGGAAAAUGGUGCAAAGGUGACCUCUAUAAAGGAUAUGGCGCACACUAGCGCUGGAGAUAGUGCUUCUGACAUAGAUCUCCGCCGUAUCGUGGUAUCUAACCUUAAUGGAUAUCUGGAAAUUCCUCGAAUCUACCAAAUUUUCUCAAUGUAA